AUGCACACUCGCUGCAAGCCAACACACGCAUACAUCCGGCCCGAGACAUACUUCAGAUCUCUGCCUUGCAUCCCGCUGCUCUUCGGGUGCCUGCCGAUUGCUUACUCUCGAUCUCAUCACCCCGCCUUAUCUCGAUCUUCGUACCUGGCUAAGGGCCACGAUACACACGCGCGGGACAAGGCGAACACGCGGUUUACAUACCCGACCGAUACGACCGUUGAUUUCCGAGAAAAGCAAAGAGCUUGUUUGUGUGGAACGGUACAAUGGACAUCGACGACCUUCUCGCGGAGGUCGCGGUCGAUUCGACGCCGAGGGAGACACGCGAUCUGCAGGAAUUGACGAGGUGUUGGGUUGCGGAAAGGGUUGCGCCGGAGAUAUUACCAUGGCCUGAGGAGCUUAUGGAGAGAGUAUUGGAGCGGAUUAGGAGACAGAUUGAACUUGUCGAAGACCAAACGGGCGACAUGAACCCGAAGACGAAUUUCAAGCUCAUCAUCAUACAGACCGAGCUUGAGCGAUUCAAGUUCUUGGUUCGCAGUUUCUUGAGGGCAAGGAUAAAAAAGAUUGACGCACACCCCCUAUAUAUCCAAUCGUUACAUACGGCCUCCCUCGAAACGCCCUCUCCGCUACUCUCACCAUCCGAACACCAGUACCUGACGUCGCAUCAAGCGCUCCUCUCCUCCCACUACACAUCCUCGUUCCUCUCGCAGUUCCCGGCGUCGCUACAACGGCUCGAUGAUACCACUGGUGGCAUUAGUAUGAUUGAUAAACCGGAUGAGGACAAGGCGGUCUUCGUUAGGGCGCUACGCGACGUGGGGGAGAUAUUUGUCGAAGGAACGGAUCGGCGUUUUGAGAUGAAGAGGGGGGAUGUUUGGGUUGUGAGGUGGAGUGCUGUGAGGGCCUGGUGUGUCGGGUGUGGCACGGGAGAUGUUGAGUUGAUAUGAGGGGUCAAAAGAGAGAUCUUUGGACGCAACGUGGUUUGCGAUACGCGAUACGCAUUUGCACAAGAUGGCGCGGACGGCUAGGGCGUUGGAUGGCACUCCAGAGCGCGAGCCUAUGCUGAAAAACUCAGCUUCACCUAGACGCGACACUAUCG